UGUAAACGCUCAUUCAUUUAUUUUAUCACCAAUCAUUUAACAAACGGGUGUGUCUCGUUAUGAAUUGUUAGUUCGUUAACUGUGUUUUCGGGUUCAAAGUCAUGUUGCCGGUUCUGUGAUACAUGUUGUGCUAAUUGGAAUCUCUAUUACCGUAUUCAAAGAAUUAAAACCCAGUAAUGGUCUCAACAAGAGGCGUCCGAUACAAAUUUAGUGAGGGAGAACGAGUGUUAUGUUAUGAACCUGAUCCUACAAAAGCUAAAGUACUGUAUGACUCCAAGGUCUUAGAAGUAAUUGAAAACAAGGACAAGCGUGGACGACGUACGGUAGAAUACCUCAUACACUUUCAAGGAUGGAACUCUUCUUGGGACCGAUGUGUCAGUGAGGACUUUGUCUUGAAAGACACUGAAGAAAAUCGACAGCUGCAAAGGGAUCUUGCAGAGAAAUCACAAUUGCAAUUAGGAGCAUACUUAUACAGAAGAGAACGUAAAAAGGGAAACAGCACUAAUUCAGGUUCAGGACCUGCCAAGAGACAAAGACAUGGCUUCAGUGAUGAUGGAUCUUCUACUAGCACUCAACCAGAUGAAGGUGAAACUGGAGAUACAGAUUCUUCAUCAGGUUCGGGUUCUAGCCCUCAGCCUAAUUCUCCCCCUAACUCACAUACAGGUCGAGCCAGUAUAGUACUACCAUCUGCACUUAGGGAUCGGCUGACGUUCGACUACCACCUGGUGGUGAAGCGUGGGCGGCUGUCAAGGCUGCCGGCCGUGCCGAGCGCGGCGCAGAUCUUAGAGUCCUUCGUGAAGUGGUUCGCGCGCGCCGGCGCCUGGAACCCGCCGCGCGCGCGCCACGACCCGCCGCACCGCCCCGACAUGCUCGACGUCUCCUGCAGGUUAAACUUACUACGAGAAGUGGCGGAUGGAUUAAGAGUUUAUUUUGAUUUUAUUCUGCGAGGACAUUUACUGUACAAGCAGGAGCUCGACCAGUACUAUGAGAUAUGUGGACAAUAUAUUGAUGAACCGGAUAUCAAGACGGAGCCAAAUGAUGACGAAGAUGAGGAAGAAACGCAGGAAGUAUCGCAAGAUGAAGCCGCUGAUGAUGAGAUGAGGAGCCCCAAGCUACCGGAGUAUUCACACUUACCGCCUGACCCCGAGCGAUCUGAGAAUGGAGACGAAGCUGCACAUGAAAAUAACGAGGCGGAAGCGGAGGCGGAGGUGGACACGGACAGAGAGGCUGAGGUUGAAAUAAAAGUGGAAGUGGAAACAGAAGCAGAAGCGGAAGCGGAGAAAGUCGACGAAGAAGCGCGAAAGAGGUCUCCGCGGCCCGCGCCGAGGCACGUACUCGCACGCAGGCUUAGAUCACACAAGUCAGCUGUAUCUCAGUCGGAAAACGAGGAGCCGGCUCCUUCUACUUCCACUGGUGAACAAAGGACGUUUGAAACACUUUCAUCAAGCGUGGGCAGCAGCGGCUCGUCGCUGAGCGAGGGCUGGGCGCGCGAGGCCCGCCGCGCGCCCCCCGCCGCUGCGCCGGCGCCCGCCCGCAACCCGCUGUCGCAGCUGCUCGACAAGGUAGCAAAAUGGCAAAUCAUCCCCCGUGAAGAUACAGAACACUUACCUUGUAGAAUUUAUGGAGCAAUUCAUCUAGCGAGACUUUUUGUGAAGCUUCCAGAUUUUCUAAACACUACGCAAAUGCCUGACUUAAAAUUGAAACUCAUUUUAAAACAUAUAGAUAUGUUUGUACAGUACUUAGAUGAACAUAGCGAGUGGUUUGGAGAAAUGUACUACGUAACAGACGGAGUGUCGCGGUCUCACUGAGAAAUUGCAAAUAGUGUUGAAAUACGCAACGAAGUUAUGAAAAUUGUUAAAACUUCAGAGAUUAUGGAGAUAAAAUGCAGAGCUUUAAUUACGAAUCGGUUUAGAUCAAUUAAACUUCACUACAAUCCGCUACAAUUAUAUUGUUAAAUAUCUAUUCAAUUAUAGAAUACAGAAACACAGCACAGCUGGACGUUGUGUAUUGCAAAACAAAAUCUUAUGUAGAGAAAUAUAAUAUUCCAUUGUCUAGAUCAUGAUUUACAUUAAUCUGUAAAUUAUUUAAACGAUGUGUUAAAGUGCCACAUUAUGAGCCCUAUAAGGAAUGUAGUUAAAAAUGAUAGAAGUCUAAAUGGCGUUGAUUAAAAAACGUAACGAGGGACCUGUACCUCGAAAAGCAAUACUUAUUAUAUGACUCGGGACGGGACAGUGUUUGUAUCAGAAAUGUUUGUUACUUUAAUUCGCCUUAAGACUAGAUUUUUCUACUUACAAAUAAUUGUCGUUUUUUAGUUUUUUAAGGAUCUCAUUCAAAUCCCGCUUAUUUUUAUAUGAAAAAUGUGAAUAAGAAUCAUGGUGAUAAUAUGA